CGGCGGUGGCAGCAGCGUGCGCGACCCUCUGUAUCCAAGCGUCUGACAGGCUGCCUGCCGGCAGGGUUGGCUAUUGGUGGGGCUAUCUCGCGCACGCAGCCUGGAAUUCACAAGGAGGCCGUCCCAUCUCCCCCCCCUCCUCCUCCUCCCGCCUCCUGUGCCGUGCGCUUCUCUGCCUGAGAUUUCCAUCCCUCGGUUCCGCGGGAGACCGGCGUCUUCCCACCUCUCGCCCGCGUGUGAGCAACGUGCGCGCACGUUUGUGCACCGAGCGUCUGGUGGAGGAGGUUGGGGGGAGGGGUGGUGGCGUGGUGGUGCUGGCGAAGCUGCGUGGUAAGGCGCAGAUGGGAUCGCGGUUGGCGAGCUGUAUCGGCGGACGAUCAUCGUGGCCCUCCGCGACGCUUCUCAGCUUCCUCGGGUCACUGCUCGAGCCAGGCAGGAACGAAGAGGGGUUGUUGCAGCGCCCGUUCCACGGCCUGUAUAUUUAAUUACAGCCUCAUUCUGCGUUGCUGUACGUUACGCGCGCACUCGCGAUGACACUGACAAUCCAUCUCGCUCUUAACGUUCCCUCGGAGAACGGACCUUGUGAUAUACAACUGGAUUUUUGUUUCUCAGGAGCGGUGCCACCGCUUGGCCGAUAAUUGCUCGUUGCUUAAUUCUUCUCUGAAGUCGCGCCGUCGGCGAAGACAGCCGCAGCAGAGGAGGUGGAAGAUUUCAGAAGGUUUUUUUUUUUUAAAUCUGAGAGUCUUCUGAGAGAGAGAGAGAAAGGACAGUUGACUCUGCUGCUUUGGAUGGGAGUGCUCCAUCUCUCUCAUCCUCGGGGAUACUGUGCAUACGGAAUCCAAUAUCCUGAUAUUCCCAGAGGAGAGGUCUUGAGGGUUGUAUCCAGCAGCAGAAGCAGCAGCAGCAGCUGCAGCAGCAGAGUCACAGUGGGAUGUGAUCCUAUGCAUGGUGCUCGACGUCAUUCGCGGGAUCCCUCGCAAUCACGUUGCUGUGCUCGGAGAAGUAGGCGGAUUGAAAAAAAAAGAUUUUGGAAUGUCCGUAUGACAAGCGUGGAUCUUCCUGCAGCAGUGGGCAUAGAAUCUAAUUUUCUCAUCUUCUACCCGGCGGAUUAUCCCUGCGGGUGAGGUCCAGUGCGGGACCAGCCUGGGGUGGUGGCCUCAGGAAAUCCCUGCGAGGGGAGCUCAAUUGUCCACUCCAGAGUUGUCCAGGACACCGCCGCCACCACCGCAGCGAAGAUGGACCUGAAGGGCGCUCGCUCUGAGGAGAACGUGGAGAUGCUCGGGCACUCCACGCUGGAGAGCUUCGCCGGGAGCUCGAGUCUGCACGGCAUCAGCCACAUCUUCUCACCGGGCCGGCUGUCGGUGCGUCGCCUCCUGUGGGCCUUCGCUUUCCUGGGCUCGCUGGCCUUCUUCGUGCUCGAGUGCGCCGAGCGCGUGCAGUACUUCCUAGAGUACCCGCACGUCACCAAGCUGGACGAGAUGACGGCUCACCUCAUCGUCUUCCCGGCCGUCACCUUCUGCAACCUCAACGAGUUCCGAUUCACGCGCGUGACGCGCAACGACCUGUACCACGUGGGCGAGCUGCUCCACCUGCUGAACGAGCGCAUGGAGAUCCCCAACGUGCACCUGGCCGAGGCGCACGUCCUGGCGCAGCUCAAGGAGCGCACCGACUUCCGCACGUACAAGCCCCGGCCGUUCAGCAUGCGGGAGUUCCACGAACGCACGGGCCACGAGCUGCGGGAAAUGCUGCUCUCCUGCAAGUACCGUGGGGAGUCCUGCUUUCAAGAGGACUUCCAAACCAGCGUCCAACCACUUGACUCAUCAUCAUCACUCGCAGCCAAGAUCGAUCCACUGCUGGAUGAAGGCGUACCCAGGCCGUUGCCAAGCCGUAUUGGCCAUGCGAUGCAACAAUCAAUCCCUUCGGCACCUGCACACGAGCCGAUCUCAUCGCUCCAAAUCCUCGGUCGAUGUCCCCUCGAGCAUGUUUCUCUCCUUUGGCUGCCACCACCAACCAAGUCGUUCGUCUCGACCCCCGGCCAUUCGUUAUCCAUUCGAGGCACCGUUUCCCUGCUCGAGCUCGCGAAAUUUGACCCAAUAAUGAACAUUUGUCACCCUACGGUGGAGUCAAACUGUGCUGCUCCUCGUGCUCUGAAUGUGUGUGGACCAUGCGUGCACGUGGCGCGUGCUAUUCUACAGUGAGGGGAAAAAGUAUUUGAUCCCCUGCUGAUUUUGUACGUUUGCCCACUGACAAAGAAAUGAUCAGUCUAUAAUUUUAAUGGUAGGUUUAUUUGAACAGUGAGAGACAGAAUAACAACAACAAAAUCCAGAAAAACGCAUGUCAAAAAUGUUAUAAAUUGAUUUGCAUUUUAAUGAGAGAAAUAAGUAUUUGACCCCCUCUCAAUCAGAAAGAUUUCUGGCUCCCAGGUGUCUUUUAUACAGGUAACGAGCUGAGAUUAGGAACACACUCUUAAAGGGAGUGCUCCUAAUCUCAGAUUGUUACCUGUAUAAAAGACACCUGUUCACAGAA